AUGCAGGCUCGCUACUCCGUGUCCAGUCCCAACUCCCUGGGAGUGGUGCCGUACCUCGGCGGAGAGCAGAGCUACUACCGAGCAGCGGCGGCGGCGGCCGGCGGGGGCUACACGGCCAUGCCGGCCCCCAUGAGCAUGUACUCCCACCCGGCCCACGAACAGUACCCGGCCGGUAUGGCCCGAGCCUACGGGCCCUACACGCCGCCGCCGCAGCCCAAGGAUAUGGUGAAGCCGCCCUACAGCUACAUCGCCCUCAUCACCAUGGCCAUCCAAAACGCGCCCGAUAAGAAGAUCACUUUGAACGGGAUCUACCAGUUCAUUAUGGAGCGGUUCCCUUUCUACCGGGACAACAAGCAGGGCUGGCAGAACAGCAUCCGCCACAACCUCUCCCUCAACGAGUGCUUCGUCAAGGUGCCCCGCGACGACAAGAAGCCCGGAAAGGGCAGCUACUGGACCCUCGACCCCGACUCCUACAACAUGUUCGAGAACGGCAGCUUCCUCCGGCGCCGUCGCCGCUUCAAGAAGAAGGACGCAGUCAAGGACAAGGAGGAGAAGGACCGCCUGCACCUCAAGGACCAUGCCCCGCCGCGACCUCCGCCGCCCGCCACCGAGCCCGAGGGCGGCCCCGCCACCGCCUCCGGGGUCAGCGCCGCGCCGCCGCCGCCGCCUGUCCGCAUCCAGGACAUCAAGACAGAGAACGGCACGGCCUCGCCGCCUCAGCCCCUGUCCCCCCCCGGCGCCGCCCCGCCGCUCGGCGCCGUUCCCAAGAUCGAGAGCCCCGACAGCAGCAGCAGCAGCCUCUCCAGCAGCGGCAGCCCUCGCAGCACUCUCCCUUCCAGCCACUCUCUCAGCAUGGAGGCCCCCGAGCCUCCGCAGCAGCAGCAGCCACCGCCGCCGCCUCCGCCGCCUCCUCCGCCCCACCACCACCAUCACGGCCCGGGCUUCAGCGUGGACAACAUCAUGACCUCGUUGCGAGGCUCUCCACAGGCCUCCGCAGAGCUGGGCGCCGGCCUCUUGGCCCCUGCCGCCGCCGCCCCGCGUACCGGCAUCCCGCCCGCCCUCUCUCUCGGCGGCUACUCGCCGGGACACAGCUCAGUCUACGGCUCGCCCUGCGGCCAAGCGGCCGCCGGUGCCGCCGCUGCUGCCACCGGCACCUACCACUGCAACAUGCAGGCCAUGAGCCUUUACGCGGCGGCGGGCGGCGCAGACCGGCCUGGCCACCUGCCCCCUGCCGCCAGCCCCGCUGAGGACCCUUUGCCUGACUACGCCAUGCCCACGGGUGGCGGCGGCGGCGGCGGGGGGACCGGGGGUGGCGGCGGCGGCACGGGUGGCGGCGGGGCGCUGGGGCACGGCGGCCAGCAGGAGGGGCACCACCCGCACCAGGGCCGCCUGGCUUCCUGGUACCUCAACCAGGCUGCGGCGGCGGCAGCAGCCGCGGCAGCGGCAGCGGCGGGGGAGCUGGGCCCGCUGGCGGGCGCGGCGGGCUACGGGGGGCCGCAGCAGGGCUUCGCCGCCGCCCCGCGGGAGGUCUUCGAGGCGCCGCGACUGGGCCUCAGCGCCUCGCCGGGAGGAGCCGGUGGCGGCGGCGGCGGUGGAGGUGGCGGGGCGGGGGGUGGCGGCGGCAGCUGUCAGAUGGCUUUUCCCGGCAGCCAGCCACUUUACCGCACCUCCGGGGCCUUCGUCUAUGACUGUGGCAAAUUUUGA